UAGACUGCGGCCCCUUUAAAUUUACCCAGGAGCCCUUAAAGGAGCCCCAGGGGCCCCGGGGGGAAGGCAUCCCCACCCUGGCUAGCUGGAGCCUGCUUGGUUCUUCGGCCGCGGAGGGGCCCUUGUGCAAGGAGGCUGCCGGGGAGGGACUGGAAACCCCGUGCAAAAAAAAUAAAAAUAAAAAUAAACUAUAUGCAUUUUUGUAUGCAUUAUUUUUUUGGAAAUGGAGCUAAGAACAGAUCGGUGAGUCCCCGGCUGUGCGGCUGGAGGAGCCCUCCGGGGCACCGGCUGGGGAAGCGGGGAGGGCGCGCAAUGGAUAUUUAGCACAGGCGCGGCGAGGCAUGGACCCCCCCGGCUUCCUCGUCAAGCGGGAGCCCCGCGAUCCAGAAGAGUCCCAGUUUCCGGAAGAGGCGUUCGAUUCUCCAAAUGGUGCUGAGCUGAGCGCGGGCUGCCCCUUACGCCCUGCCGGGAAUGGCUUUCUGCAGGGGACCCCAAAAGAUUCUUCUCUCCUCUUCUCUGGAGGUCGGAAAUACUCGGACCAUUGUGAAGAACGGGCCUCGAGACCCGGCAAGAGCCGCAUUCCAGGCCGGGACCACCGGCGGUACUACCACGAGCACUGGCGGGCCGAGUACCUGAUGGAUUUCAACGCUGCCCAGCACGGCAUGAUCUGUAUGGUGUGCGGCAGUUCUCUGGCCACGCUCAAGCUAAGCACCAUCAAAAGACAUAUCCGGCAGAAGCACCCUUACUCCCUGGAGUGGAGUGCUCGCGAGAAGGAGGGCAUCAUGAGCAGCUGGGAUGCCCACUUGGGGCUGGAGGCUGAGACGGAUGGCACUAGGGAUCCCGCUGAUGGAUCCGGUGCCCAGCACAGGGGUCAGGGAGAAUUAUCACCGAGUGUUAGUCGCAGGAGGCGGCGUAGUCUGGGCCCCCUUUCUUCUCGUGGGGCUUGUCGGUCCCCCAGCUUGGCCCUGAAAGGCUCUUCAGUCGGGGAGACCCGGAACCUGGAGCGCUACCUGAAGGAGUCCCUGCAGAGCUGGUUCCAGUCCGAGUUUCUCAUGGACUACGACCCGCAGGGCAACCGUCUCUUCUGCAUGAUGUGCGGCUCUUCCUUGCCCAGUCUGAACUUGGACGACAUCAAGCGACACGUGAUGGAGGCCCACCCCACCUCACUCGGCUUCAGCCCUGCUGAAAAAGCGGCCAUCCUCGAGGCGUGGAACUCCCGUCCAUCGGCACUGGUUGCCAAGGACAUGAAAGGGGAGGACACAGGCCUGGAAUCAGAAGCCGAACCAGCUCCUCAGGAUCUGAGCAUGAAGGAAGCGGACCCGUCGCUGUCUCCUGACCGCCCCACGGGCGAGGAAGGGUCCGAAGAGGCCGGCCCGUGGGACUCGGAAGAGAGCAGCCCGCCCGCCCCGCCCCGCGGGAGGGACCAUCGGCGCUAUUUCCAGGAGCACUGGCGGGUGGAGUACUUGAUGGACUACAACGGCCUGCGCCAUGGGCUGGUCUGCAUGGUGUGCGGCAGUGCCCUGGCCACCCUCAAGAUGAGCACCAUCAAGCGCCACAUCCAGCAGAAGCACCCGGACUCCACGCAGCUCAGCCACCAGGUCAAGGCUCUCAUUGUCCGAGAGUGGAACCGGAAUGUGUCCCGCUGGGCGGCGGCCAAGGACUCCCUGCCCAAAACGGAGGCAGAAGCCGACAAGGUUGAAUCCCAGCCUGCCCUCAAGAUGCCUCCAUCCCCCAAGGAGUCCCAAAAGAGUGCCGCAACACCUGUGGGUGAAGAAGAGGAGGAGGAACGCCGGUGUCAGCGCCGGAACUACCAGCCGCGCUGGCGGGAGGAAUACUUGAUGGACUACGAUGAACAACGGCACGGGCUGAUCUGCAUGGUUUGUGGCGGCACGCUGGCCACCCUGAAGGUCAGCACCAUCAAACGGCAGGUCCACCGUUUCUCUCUGGAAUACACGCCCCUUGAAAAACAGACGAUCCUUGAAGCUUAUGCAGAAAACGACCAGGCAUCAAAACCGGCCCCACUGGGCCCCAGGCCUGCAGUCAGCCUUGACUCUGAGCCCAAGGAUGUCAAGCCAAACAUCCAAGGAGUGGGGAAAAUGGCGUUUGGUUACAAUCUGCACCCAUUAUGUGGUGGCGUGACGUGCACCUACCAGUGGACGAGGGCGUGGCUUUGCUGAACGAGGGGCAGGGGCUGUGUCUCUUCCUCCCCACCCCUUGUCAUGGAACUCUAGAGAAUCCCAGAGUUCUAGAUUUCAACAACUGGGCGACUGGAUCACAUUGCGCAGAAGCCAGGAAGAAUUUGUUUGUUUUACAAAACGGUGGUUUAAUCUGCAUGUUCUGUUCCAGCCACAACAAAUUUAAAGGGUUUGGGAUAUUAUUAUUUUUUUGGUACCAAAAUUGGGGGUACGGGAAAAGAGAGUGGGGUAGGACGGAGCAACGAUCAGUGUGUCCGUUUUUAUUGUGGUACUAACUGGUGGUGGGAAGUUCUUUCACAGCCAACUUGCUGCAGCCCUAUAGGGUUUGCGAGACAAGAGACAAAUGGUAAUUUGCUAUUGCCUGUUGUAACAAAACCAAACGGGUGGGAGGGAAGGAUUCCCCUUUCACAAGUCCCAAACCCAGGGAGUUAUUCCCUCUGGAAUGAUUCCUUAUUGACUUCAAGGACCUCCCUAAAAAUCAGCCCAGAGCCCGAAUUGCCUUACAGCUCCACAACAAAAAAUAUUUUAUUUACAAUAAACAGUAACGUCAAACAUUUCUGUGGCAGGGUUGAGGAACGCAUAAACAUAAAAAAAACCCCAGAAGUAUGCAUAGUCAUUCAGACUCUUUAGGACCUAUGGCAGACAGUUUGGGUCCCUGCCUGGAAUCUCAGUGUCACAGGUGUCAAACUCGCAACC